AUGAUCCGGUCAAACUACAGCUUGGCCAAGGAGGUGCGGCAGAACGAGGUCAAACUGAAGCAGAAGAUCCAGCAGAGACAGAAACACCAGCAUAAGCUCGAUAAGCUCACGAAAAUCGACCCGAUACGGCUCUACUUCCAGAUUGAACGGCUUGAGAAGGACAAGAAUGAUGAAAAACGAUUGAAGCUGCUCAAAGAGGACUGGCAGUUUAUAAGAAAGAACAAGCUCCAUAGUGAUAAGCUAGAUGGCUUCUUGGACCAGCAGAAGCAAAAGAAAGCAAAACAGGAGAAGGACCAAAGGCGACUUUGGGGAAAAGACAGCAUAUACUUCAACCCGGAAUUGAACCCUCUAGGUAAGGUUCCGUUGGAUGAACAAGGUAACCGAUAUCCCAAUUUGACUGGUCCUCUACGCCAGAAAACAAGAUACGCUCCGGAUCCUUUAAUUAAGGAAUUGGGCAUAAGAAUGCCCGAGGGCGAUCCUCCCCAAUUUUAUAAAAGCCCUCAGAACAUCAAGGUUGAAAAGCCUCCAGAGCCUGAGAAGAAAACACCGCCUAAACCGAAACCAAAACCGAAACCGGUUGUUCCUAGUAACCUCGAUAAUGACAGUGAAGACGGGUAUAGUUCGGAGUCAGACGAUGACCACACUUCCAAAAGACUACGAGUCGAGUGA